CGGUCUACUGACCCUUCGGAGGGCAUUCCAGGCUCCAAAGAGGCGGCGGCUUCACAGCUCAUUGUCGGCUGUUAUGGAAGUUCUGGCCUUGAUCUGGGUUCUGUUGCGCGUGUUGCUGGCUCUGGGGCUCCUGGCUUUCGGGCUGUAUUGCGGCUACAUCCAAUGGGUUCAUGUCAAGUACGACCACAUCCCCAGCGCCCCCCGAGCCAGCUUUUUCUUUGGUCAUCUUCCAAUCUUGUGGAAAAUGCUGAAGAACAAGGAACUUGUGCACGAUCUCUUUCUGCAAUGGGCGGAAGAAUAUGGACCAGUAUUGCGUUUCAAUGCCUUUCACAGAGUCUCCUUGUUGAUCUUAAGCCCUGAGGGUGUCAAGGAGUACUUGAUGUUGCCACAAUACCCAAAAGACCGAUUUGUAUAUGGGCGCCUUUACAAUAUGUUUGGUGUAAGAUUUUUAGGAAAUGGGUUAGUAACAGAUCGCGAAUAUGACCAUUGGCACAAGCAGAGGAGAAUUAUGGAUCCAGCCUUCAGUCGAACUUACCUGAUUGGCCUCAUGGAAACAUUCAAUGACCAAGCAGAAGAGCUUAUGAUGGAACUGGAGAAAAAGGCAGAUGGAGAAACCAAAGUGGAUGUGAUGGACCUUCUGAGACGGGUGACGCUGGACAUCAUUGCAAAGGUGGCUUUUGGCCUAGAAUUGAACACCUUACAUGAUGAGCAGACGCCUUUUCCACACGCAGUGAACUUGGUCAUGAAAGGGAUGACUAAUACUCGCAUACCUCUAUUCAAGUAUAUGCCAGGAAACAGAAAGACUGUGAGAGAGAUUCGGGAAAGCUUGAGGCUGCUACGUCGCACUGGGAAAGAGUGCAUUGAGAAGAGGCAAAAGGCUAUUCAGAAUGGAGAAGAGGUUCCUUUGGAUAUUCUCACCCAGAUACUCAAGAAUGCUGCUCAAGAAGAACACCAUGAUAUUGAAAAUAUGCUGGACAAUUUUGUCACCUUCUUUGUCGCAGGCCAUGAAACCACAGCUAAUCAAUUAUCCUUUGCUGUGAUGGAAUUGUCACGACACCCAGAUAUAGUUGCAAAACUCCAGGCAGAAGUGGAUGAAGUCAUUGGUGUGAAGAAAGACAUUCCCUAUGAAGAUCUCAGAAAACUUGAAUAUUUAUCACAGGUCCUUAAAGAAGUCUUACGAUUAUAUCCACCAGUUCCAGGCACCGUACGCUGGACAGGAAAGGAAAACGUCAUCGAAGGGGUCAGAAUUCCAGCAGGCACUACAUUGAUUUUUAGCACAUACAUCAUGGGACGACUGGAAAAGUAUUUCAAGGAUGCACUUACCUACAAUCCUGACAGAUUUAACAAAGAUCAACUAAAGCCAUACUUUUCCUAUUUCCCAUUUGCUCUUGGACCUCGUUCCUGUAUUGGGCAGAUAUUUUCACAGAUGGAAGCUAAAGUGGUGAUGGCCAAGUUUUUGCAGAGAUUUGACUUCCAGCUGGUUCCACCACAGAGCUUUAGAGCUAUAGAUACAGGAACACUGAAGCCUUUAGACGGUGUCCAGUGCAGACUAAAGCCACGCCAUCAACUCGUUCGUAAAGAUUAAAUGAAAUAUUGGUUGCCAAGUACUCUCUACAAUCAGACAUUCAUAUCCACAUAUUCAACCAACCUUGGGUUGAAAAUAUAUAUUUUUUUAAAAUGGUUUUAUAAUGCUAUAUAAGAGGUACCAUUUUACUAUGCUAUUAUAUAAUGGAAAUGGAUGGUCCUGCAACCCAACCCUACAGAUGAUUACAUAGGAAAUCCUGGAACCAGUUGGAGUCCCAGAUGGAGCUGACAUAAACCACAGAGCACUGAUGCACAUUAAAGAUUUAUUUCAAAUGUUUUUUUAAAAAACAAUGAGAGUUUGAUGUCUGAUCACUGCAAUUUGAAGCUAGUCUUAAAUUACAUUAAAUGGUCAAUGUAGAGGGGGAAUUAGGAGGACAUUCUUAAAUUUGGGAUGCAGAAGGGAGGGGAUUUUUGAAGGCUUUCCCCUAGUUAUGGAUUACCCAUUGGCAGGUUUCCAAACAGUCUUCAAAGGUUAUGACUCCAAAUUAUCUUUGAUUCAUUUAUAUCCUGCUUUUCUACUUAUACAUGAUCCAAGGCUUUUUACACCCAAAUUUAAACGGUACAGCUUAAAAAAUGUGGAAAAGUUAAAAAAAACAAAUAACUAUUCUGUUUAAAAUGUCAUACAGUAGAGUCUUGCAUAUCCAACAUAAAUGGGCCGGCAGAAAGUUGGGUAAGUGAAAAUGUUGAAUAAUAAGGAGGGAUUAAGGAAAAACCUAUUAAACGUCAAAUUGCAUUAUGAUUUUACAAAUUAAGCGCCAAAACACGUUUUAAAAUAAAUCUACAGAAAAAAGCAGUUCAAUACAUGGUAAUGUUAUGUAGUAAUUACUGUAUUUACGAAUUUAGCACCAAAACAUCGCAAUGUAUUGGAAAAACCUGUGGAUCUGGGCAGGAGGCAGACUUGGGUGGAUAGUAAAGAAUGUUGGAUGAGAAAAGGUUGGAUAAGUGAGAUUCUACUGUAGUUAAAACUUUGUAAAGCACUAUUAUUAAUACUAAGUUGAGACCUGAAUGAGAACAUUUUUGCCUGGCUUUGGAAGGAGAGGAGUAAGGCAAAACGUAAAAGAGAAUGAGAAUAUCAAUAGCUCCAUGGCAGAGCAUCCACAUUUCUGCAAUCCCAUCUCUUUCUGCUUGUGAGUGAGCAGCUAAAUGUGUCUGACUCAGUUCACUUGCAGUGUCAGAACAUUAAAUUGUAUACAUGAAUUAUUGCUGGUUUUAUAAGCAGACUGAAAAGGCGUUGGUGUAAAAAGAAGUUAAACUAAGAUGAACUAAAAUUGAACAAACUGUGUUUGAAGAUUUAAUUGUAAUUUGUACCAUGUUGGGGUUGCGAGCCACAUUCAGUCCCAUUCAGAGAAGAAAGUGGGUAAUAUAAAGAAUAACAAUAACAACAAUAACAGUAACAGCGUGUUGUCGAAGGCUUUCAUGGACGGAAUCUCUGGGUUGCUGUGGGUUUUCCAGGCUGCAUGGCCACGUUCCAGAAACAUUCUGGACCAAAUGCUUUUGGAACAUGGCCAUACAGCCUGGAAAACUCACAGCAACCCAACAAUAACAAUGAUGAUUAUUUAGAGAAGAUUUAGGGAUGUUUAAGAAGACUCUGUAACCUGAUUUGAAUUGUGAUUGUGCAAAAGAGGGGGAAAGGGGCUGUUUGAAAGAAGAACAAUGGUUGUGAAACUGGACUGACAGGAAAGCAGAGAUUGUGCAAGCAAAAACUGAAAGGAAAUUGAUAGUGAUUGUUGAAUAAAAAAGAAAUCAGAAAUUGUGAAAUUCAUUGGCUUUCUAGAGAAAAUUUCCAGACUGGAUCUGGAAAAAGUGAAUGGAUUUAAAAGAAGAAAAAUUUGAAAGAAGCAGAAAUGUGAUGGAAAAUAAUUGAUUGUGCUUUACUGAUUGAAAUUAAUAAAAAGUGAAAUAUAUUACAAUGGGA